UUGGCCCCGCCUCCGAUGCAAAGGCCCCGCCCCUCCCGCUCCCGCCAAUGGGCGCGGGCGCUGCCGGUGACGCGCCGGCCCCGCCCCUCCCGGCGCUCGGUUUCUGUUUCGCUCCGGGCCCGCGGGGCCGCCGCUGUCGCCGUCGCGAUGGAGCCGCAGCCCGACAGCCUGGAGGGGUGGGUGGCCGUGCGCGACACCGCCUUCGCUGAGCCUCAGCCGCCGCCGCGGCUCCGCUUCCUCGUGGGGUGGAACGGCGCGGAGGGCGCGUUCGCGGUGACCUGCCACGGCCGGGCGGAGGCGGCGGAGCAGGCCCCGCAGAGCUGGGCCGGGCUCUUCUCGGCGCCGGCCCUGCGCGGCGUCCACCGGCAGCUGUCGGCCGUGUGCCCGCGCCUAGAGCCCGCCUUCCCCGAGCUGCCGCCCGCGCUGCCCGGCGCGGCCUCCGGCGGGCUCUGGGCCGUGCUGUUCCCCGGCGGCGCCGCGCCGGACGAGGCCGAGCUGCAGGAGCUGUGCCGGGCGCUGGAGCUGUACCUGGGCUGGGCCCUGGAGCUCUGCGGCGGCCGCGUGGUGCUGGACGCGCUCUUCGCCGCCGACCGCUGCUGCGACGACGAGUACUUCGAGAGCCUCCAGGAGCUCCGCGGGAAGGCCCUGCGCGGCCACCUGGCCCGGGCCAAGGAGGCCCUGCGGCGGGUUCUGCAGCAGCAUAAAAGUGCUGACACAAUGGUGGCUUUGAUGAAGGUUUAUGAAGAAGAAGAUGAAGCUUAUCAGGAUUUGGUCACCAUGGCAACACAAUUCUACCAGUAUUUGCUGCAGCCCUUCAGAGAUAUGCGAGAGCUGGCGACACUGUACAAACUGGAAAUCCUGAAAUCUUUGCAGUAUGAUAAGUUGGGGCCUAGAAGAGUAGCAGCUUUGCAGAAGGAUGCUGAUGAAUGGACUAAGCGAGCUGAGAGUGCUGUGUGCUCCAUUCAGGAUAUCACAGUGAACUACUUCAAGGAAACUGUGAAGGCUCUGGCAGCAAUGCACAAACAGAUGGAGCAAGAUGAGGAGAGAUUUGGUAAAACCACCUGGGCAUCAGCUGUGCCACGACUAGAAAACCUGAAAUAUAUGUUAGCAAAAGAAACCCUUCAGCAUCUGAGGGCGAGAGAGUUGUGCCUGAAACAGAAGAGAAGUGGCAUUCAAAAACUCAUGGAGAAUCUUGGUGAACAAGAAGAGAAUUUAGGUAUAGUGGAGGAGCUGGAAAUACAGUAUUAUGAAACACAGCUGGAAUUAUAUAAUGUACAGCUUGAAGUAUUGAAACAUGAAGAGAUGCUGCUUAUUGUACAGCUGGACACUGUAAAGAGACAGAUUAAAGAGAAACAGGAUGAAGUUGUUUACUAUGAUACAUGUGAAAAUCCUGAGGAGCUCAAGGUCAUUGAACAGACCAUGGGACAACAUUACGCUAACCUGUCAGCAAUGACGGUGCUGAGGCAGAAGACUAAGCAGUUGGAGACAAAGCGUGGGACUGUCUGUGCGAGGAGAGCCUACCUCAGGAACAAAAAAGAUCAGUGUGAGGCGAGCCACCGGCAGAGACUGCAACAGGCGGAAGAGAGCAGAAAGCGCUUCCAGCAGCAUCACAGCAUCCAGAUAAAGAGAGACAAACAAAAAGAGGAGGAGAAAAAGAAAAAAGCUUGGAUAAGCCAGGAACGUCAGAAAACGCUGGAGAGGCUGAAAGUAUUCAGGGAGAAGUGUCCAGCUCAUGUUGUUCUGAAAACAUCUCGUCCCCAGCCUCGCAGUCCCAGGUUGCCACGAGGCAUCCCUCAGCAGGCUGUGGUGCUGUCUCCUCCACCUGCAUCAAGCCCAGGGGCAGCCCCAGCAGUUCUGUCCCCUGCACCCUCUUCGAGAGUAAGGGCAGCUCUCGAGCAGCCACAGAGCAUUCUGCUUGUAGAAGACAAGGAACCAAAAGCUUCAGAUCAGAAUACCCCAGCAGAUACCCCUGUCCAGAUUUUUGUUACUGAUGGUGACACAGAGGAACAAAAGCACAGCGAGGAAUUGAUGGUCUCUCCAUGCUCACCACCCCCUCCUCCACCACCUCCUCCCUUGCCCCCUCCACCCCCACCUCCCCCUCUACCUCUCCAGUUAAAAACACCAUCAGCAACAGAGGAUAAACCACUUCCCCUCAGCUCUGAUAGCCCCUCAGAAAGCCCUGCACUGCACAAUCAGGAUGACUCACCCAGGAGGUCUAUAAAUAAUUGCAUAGGUUCCAUGGAUGAAGUUUUGGCUUCUCUGAAGCGCAGUGAAGUUCACCUUCGCAGAGUGGAGCAGCCAAAUCCAUACGCCUCUGUGAAGGACAACAUCCUCUCUGCCAUCAGGCAAGGGGUUAAACUAAGGAAAGUGAAUCGAGAUACUGAGAGAGAUGGCAGCAGAGGAUCCCCUAAUUCCCCUAAUGAGCUGGAGAGAAGCAUUAAGGCAGCCAUGCAGAGAAUUAAGAAAGUGUCUGCUGAUUCUGAAGAAGAGGAGGACAACGAUCAGAAUAAUGGAGAGUGGGACAGCUAACCAGCCUAACAGACCUACUGACUGGAACAGAGUGUGUGCCUCAUUUUGCACAUCGGAGAAGACUGUCCCUGUCACAGGGAAAGAACUGCGUGAUGGUGUGUGGUGUUCUCAUAGUCCAAAAUGUCUUGUCAAGUAAAAGAAUCCUGCUGAUUUUCUGUAGGAGCUACAGAUGGAUAUUUUUGCAUGAUAAAUCAUACUCCAAAUUAUGCUUGCACUAAUAGGUGUUCCUGGCUCAACCAUGUAGUGUUUUCACCACAACUGAAGACAGCUAAAAUGCUGGAUUUAAGCACAUAUGAUUUAGAUUGUUACUACACAGUGGGUAAUGCUAUCACAACAAAGUUUAAGGAGUGAAAAUAUAACUGAAAAUCUCUCUUGUCAGAUAAAAGUAGAAGCAAAUCUGUGGUGACAGAGGCAGACCAGAAAAUUUAGCAUGAUCUGGAAUCUUUCACUCCUACCUCCAUUGUCCAGAAAAUUCUUAAACAUUUUGCUUGUCUAAUACAGUUCACUCUUAAAUAACUCUGUGGGUAUUCCAUUUAUCAUCAUGUUAGAAAGUGUGCACUUAUGGAUGGCUUGAUAAUGCUGAUUGGGAGAAUCAGUUUCAUGUUUGAAAUAAACACUACUGCAGUAAUUACUGGAAAGUUUACUGUUUUAGCUGAAAGAUUAAGUAUAGAGAACUUUUAGAUGUUAAAUAUUUUUCAUACAUCUGCAUUUACAACGACCUGUUGACAUGAAAGAAAGAGCCAAAAUAUUGUAUACAGUAUUUUUCAGGAUUUAGUCCUGUAAUGCAGGGCUGCAUUUCUCCACUGAGAAUUUCAAUAUAUGUUUAUAGCUACUCUCAUGAAUUUAAAUUACCUGACGGCCUUACAAAUGGCAGGUAUUUACAGUGUGCCUGGAAGCUGACUAUUUCAAAAUUCAGCUACAUUCAAUUUAGAGACUCUUGCUAUUUUGGGUAGAUAGUGGCACAAAUUAUUAAAGUUUUUUUUUUUUUUUUUAAGUUUAUACUGACCCUUAAUAAAAAUAUAUCUUGACAGAAGAA